AUGCGCGGCGUUUCGGCACAGACAUCCACUAAUGGAUGUUUUCAGGUAGAGGGUGGUUCAACGCUGUUUGCUCUUGACUACUUUGGAGAACCGUCAUACUUGACACAGUCGUCCCAGCUAUACCUAGAAACUUGUAUCGCAUCUCUUGGAGAUGUAUACUGCAUCGCUCAAUCUUAUCGCGCUGAGAAAUCCCGCACUCGUCGCCACUUGGCAGAAUAUGCUCAUGUGGAGGCGGAAUGUGCAUUCAUAACAUUCGACGAGCUUAUGGACAAGAUCGAAGACAUUGUUUGCGACACAGUGGAUCGGUUAAUGUCAGACCCGCAUGUGAAACCACUCAUUGAGUAUGUGAAUCCUAACUUCAAACCACCACAAAGACCUUUCCUUCGCAUGACCUACAGCGAUGCGAUCAAGUGGUUGAUCGAGCAUGAUGUCCGUAAUGAGCAUGGCGAGAAAUUUGUACACGGUGAAGAUAUCGCGGAAGCAGCGGAGAGGAAAAUGACAGACACAAUCGGAGUUCCUAUCUUGCUGAACAGGUUUCCAGCUGGAAUCAAGGCUUUCUACAUGUCUCGAUGUAAGGAUGACAACUCCCUUACGGAGUCUGUGGAUCUCCUUAUGCCAGCUCGGCGUUUUCUUUUCGCAUCUGUUCAUGCUCGAUCGCGUAUGAUUAUCUAUAUUUGA